AUGGACGUGGACGUGGACGUGGACGUGGACGUGGACGUGGACGAGGACGUGGACGUGGACGUGGACGUAGAAAUGGACGUGGACGUGGACGUGGACAUGGACGUGGACGUGGACGUGGACAUGGACGUGGACGUGGACGUGGACGUGGACGUGGACGUGGACGUGGACGUGGACGUGGACGAGGACGUGGACGUGGACGUGGACGUAGAAAUGGACGUGGACGUGGACGUGGACAUGGACGUGGACGUGGACGUGGACAUGGACGUGGACGUGGACGUGGACGUGGACGUGGACGAAGACGUGGACGUGGACAUGGACGUGGACGUGGACGUGGACGUGGACGUGGACAUGGACGUGGACGUGGACGUGGACGUGGACAUCGACGUGGACGUGGACGUGGACGUGGACGUGGACGUGGACAUGGACGUGGACGUGGACGUGGACAUGGACGUGGACGUGGACGUGGACGUGGACGUGGACGUGGACAUGGACGUGGACAUGGACGUGGACAUGGACGUGGACGUGGACAUGGACGUGGACGUGGACAUGGACGUGGACGUGGACAUGGACGUGGACGUGGACGUGGACGUGGACGUGGACAUGGACGUGGACGUGGACGUGGACAUGGACGUGGACAUGGACGUGGACAUGGACGUGGACGUGGACGUGGACGUGGACGUGGACGUGGACGUGGACAUAGACGUGGACUUGGACGUGGACGUGGAGAUGGACGUGAACGUGGACAUGGACGUGGACGUGGACGUGGACGUGGACAUGGACGUGCACAUGGACGUGGACGUGGACGUGGACGUGGACGUGGACGUGCACAUGGACGUGGACGUGGACGUGGACGUGGACGUGGACGUGGACGUGGACGUGGACGUGGACAUGGACGUGGACGUGGACGUAGAAAUGGACGUGGACGUGGACGUAGAAAUGGACGUGGACGUAGACGUGGACAUGGACAUGGACGUAGACGUGGACGUGGACGUGGACGUGGACGUGGACGUGGACAUGGAUGUGGACAUGGACAUGGACGUGGACGUGGACGUGGACGUGGACAUGGACGUGGACGUGGACGUGGACGUGGACAUGGACGUAGAAGUGGACAUGGACAUGGACGUAGACGUGGACGUGGACAUGGACGUUGACAUGGACGUGGACAUGGACGUGGACGUGGACGUGGACGUGGACAUGGACGUGGACGUAGAAAUGGACGUGGACGUAGACGUGGACAUGGACAUGGACGUAGACGUGGAGUGUGGUGCGGCGGCCAAAGCAGCGCUGGGUGGAGUGCGCACCCCCGCACUGCUCACCUGCGCGGUCGCCGGUGCGUAG